CUAGAGCUGGAAACAAUCACCCGUUUCUUCGACAUGACCUGUUGGCUUCAAGCUGAGAUCGCCGCUCAUCAGCCCUCCUACGUCUCAUCUCCACCAUUCUUGCUGCCUCGUAAUGUGCACGAGUUUCUCCUGGAUGCUCUAGGUAUCAACAAUCGCACUGCAAAAACCUUAUGGGCGACACUACGCGAAGAAGUAUGGGUAGAGGCGACGGAAGACUCUCCUGAUAUUGAGGUGCGCGCGAGAAGGAUGUUGGAUAUGUUCCUCAAGCAUGGGCCUACAUACGAUAUUGCAUUCUAUAACUUCCGGCCGCCGUCGCGUACAUGCCUCGAUCCGAAGUGCGCUGUCGAGCUCGACAUGGCACCGGGUCAGACACGGCCCAAGGAGCUUGACCAUCCGCUCAGCCACUCCGCGACGCUCUUCACCAAGGACCUAGGGCCACUACCGGUUAGAUCUAUCUCUCUCUACUGUCGCUCAUGCCACACUCGCUAUCAUCCGGACUACUAUGUCCACAGCAGUGCGACAAUGCGCACAUACUAUGCAAACGUUCCCCGAGCCCUCCAAGUGGCAACCCACUACUUCGUGACGGCAGAGCUGUGCGAGCUAUUCGCUAAUAUGAUGACCUUCGCC